AUGAAAUCCUUUGGAAGUGAGAUUUCGUUACAAGGACGGAUAAUAAUUACAUUUCGAAGUAUGGCAUCCACUACUGCGAAUUCUGACGUUCACGUUACGAUAUCAGCUAUUCCAGAGUCUAAGUUGAACCUUGCCGUACGACGUAAGCUGAGAACAUUGAUCAUUUUCAACUUGGUGAUUCUAAUAGGAUGUUCAAUUGUUUUCUUUGCUUGUACCUACAUAAAUGUUGUUAAUGCACGCAAAAAGCAGAAACAUGACAAGUGGAGUUAUUUUGUGUAUGAGAUGCUCGUCACAUCGCUGAGUAGUAUCAAUGCAGUACUUGGUCUUGUUCUGACCAUUUAUGAACGAAGAAAACAUGAAGAUCAAAAAUCAAACUAUAAAUUGGUCAAUAUAUUCCAUCUCGUUUCGAACAUAGUUUGUACAAUUCUUUUUUCAUUAGUUUUUAUCGUUGAUUUUAUUUAUUGGUCUGCUGAUCUAUCGAACACUGACCAGGUGUACAAUGGCGUUCGAUUGGCGGUUAUGGUGCUUACUCUUAUUAUUGGUAUAUGUCAAACAGCAUGUGCAAUUGAAAAUCGUGUUCUUGCUUGGAGUCCGAAAUAUCGAUAUUCUCGAUUCGUGCUCUGCUUUUCAUCGACAGUUCUCAUGGCAGUCUCCAUCGCUUCGAUAAUUUUUAACGCACGCAUCGGUCGUCUACAGAAACGUAUCGAAGCGAACAGUACUGUACCACUUUGGUGUUAUACGACAUUUCAAGCAAGUUCAAGUUAUACACUUUUCUGUGGACUUGUUGGUCUUAGUUUAACUUUCGUCUAUGGGAGAAAAGAAAGUGGACCGAAUCAAUUUCGAAAACGUCUUCGACAGCUUUUCAACGUCGUCUGCGGCAUCGGCCUGGUGUUAAUUGUCUCGUUUACGAUCAAUCUUUUGUGUUAUCGUUCAAAAUCUGGUAAUGGAACCAAUCGUCCUCAUCUACACACAUUAGUUCAGUCGGACCCAAUUAUUUCUGCUAUACAAUGUAUUCUCUUGAUAUUCGCGAUGAGAUCGUUACAUGUUUUAGUCCGUGCGACACGGCCUGCUCGAAAUGGGUUAACAAUCGAGCGGAUUUGGUUGAAUCAGACGUCUCCUGCUUGCAUGACGCACUGGGCGGCUGGGAUUGAUGCGUUUAAUGAAACAUUAGACGGAAUGACAGGUGAAGCAGCUCUACAGUUAAUGAAAGCAUAUGAAAACGGCCAAUUGGAAAGUACCGAAUGUGUUGUUUUACGUAUUGGUCGAUCUGAUCAACGAGUUCAACUUGCAAACGAUCAAUGGGACGACACGGAAGCACUUGUUCUUCUUACCAUUGUUCAUAAGUAUGAUGUGAUGAGUAAAGCUAAUUUCAAUGGUUUUUGGGGUAACGUUCUUCAGCGAACACUCGGUUCGAAGAAUUGUACUCCACGGUUUCGCCCACUUUUACUUCGACUGGGCCUCAUUGGUUAUCAAUGGCCAUUUCGAACAAGUAUUUUCUUCACUACACCUCAUAAAGAUCCGUUAACACGUGCUGCUCACGUCUUGGAAGCAAUUAUCGAUUGGAAUGAAAUGCAGAAAUCCGACACUCAUUGCAACGUUCUUCUCUUGCCAACUCUCAGCACAGAAUUAGUAGCAAAAGCGAUUCCUACAGCUGGGUUCUUUCCCUUUUCCCUACCACCCACACAUUUAGUCGAUGUGAGACCACAUCAUGGCAAAACAUGGGCCGAAUACAUGAAAACACUGAAAAAAGGUAAUCGACGACCUUAUAUUCAACAAUUUCUGACCAAAGGCGGUACUAUCGAAGAAAUUGAUCAUUUAAGUCCGAGCGAGGUUGGCGACAUUGUGUGUCAACAAUUUGAAAACAUCGUCCGAGUCCGACGAGAAAAUAAAGAACCACCACCAUUAGUAAAACCCUCAGCUAAAUUCAUUUCUUCGAUGGGUAACAAUAUGAAUGUACCGUACCGUUCGGUAGUUUUCCUUCGUUUCAACGGUGAAGUUAUUGCCAGUUCGGUGAUUUACAAAUUUCCAUAUAAACUCUUGACAACUGAUAUUCAGGGCUUGACACAUGAGAAAGCUCGACCACUGAAAGCUUACUUUGUCAUGUUACAAUGGGUACUCAGAGAAGCACUGGAGAAGAAGUUCGAUUUUGUCGAUUUUGGUCCAACAACACCGGGACCUAAAACGGAUCUUGGUUGUGUCAGUGUCCCAUUAGAAGCUGGUGGCUAUGCAGGAAAUCCAAUUCUUGCUUUUGGCAUCCAACAAGCCGGAAAAGUCGUAGACGUUAUUCACAAUAAAAAAGAUAAUGAGCAACAUAAAACGUUGGAUCAUGAUGGAAAUCAACAGAACGAUGCGCAGCUGAAUACACAACCACCAACGGACAACAUACAAACUUCAGACAAUGCUCAGGCUUCUCGUACGGACAGUUCUGAAACUCGAUCAGUCGUUCCUCCUUCGAAAAAGGUCAAACCACCGGCGAAGAAAGAACGUAACUCAACGGGAAACAAGAAUCAAUCCCAUACAAAUCUACCGAAAGAUAAACAAAUGAUCGAUGAACCGCAGUCUUUCGAGCCCACCAACAUUGUUUCUAGUAAUACUUUAAUUUUGUAG